AUGGGGGCCCUCAUCGCGCACUACAAGGCAAAACACGAGCCAGCAGCCUCGCUGGGAGAAGAGACUCGAGCUAGUUUUCUUGCCGAGCUGGAGGAUCUCAAAGGAGAGCAGGAUCAUUCGAAAAAAGAGGCGGAUAAACAACGGGCUGCAAAGAAUCGCGAAACUGCCAACGGGAUAGAAACCCGUUGGAAGAGCCAUUGGAAGCACUGUGAGAAAGACCUCAUCGAGGCCUGCAAGGGAGACUUGUGCAGACGAAAGCUCCGAAUGGGGCUACUGGCCUACCCGCCUGUCCCUCAGCUCCCAGACCCAGAUUUUUUCGUGAAGCCGCCCGCCUGCGUUCCUGUUAUGGACGGGGAUGCGCCGGCCAGACCGCCAAUCGGACCGUUUAUCCAUGGCGAUUUGUCAGAUUACACGCCUGUUACAAAACCAUGUGGACAGCCAGAGAAGGGAGAGGCAGUGGACGAGAACGAAGUGUACCAUGACCUUUUGACAAAUCUUGAUGAGAGUCGCUGGGGUUGUGGUGAUGCCGCCACCGUACUCAGUAACCUCAAAAACCACCUCAUCAGUAACCAAUCGGCCAAACAGGCUCCCAACCUCGAAUAUGAAAACGCUUUAAACCCGCCCUCCCUUUUCUUCACUGUGCCAGGCAUAGCCUGGUAUUUGUCCGGCACCAAGUCAGUGGAUGCGCAUACCAGGUCCACUACACCAGCCGCGCAGGCGGCGACUCAUGGUGAUAAAAAUACGGUUGCCAAACUUGAACUGUUCUUGAAGGUCCACGGUACCUCCAUCAAGGGAAUCCAAAGUGCCUGGCACAAGCUGGCCCACCUGGACGCUGACAAGCUGGGGAAGGACGAUUUCGAUAGACGAGAGAUUCAGACUUUGACAGCAGCGAUAUGGACACGAGUGAGCGACGCCGCGUUCUGGCAGGACAAGUGGGCCGGGGGUCCUUCACAUCUCGAAUACGUGCACAAGUCCGGUCGAUCCAUACUCGAGAUGGCAAAGGCUUGGGAAAAAUGGGAUGCCGAAGCGCGAACCGUGAAUUUCCCCUCGCCCAUGUGCUUGGGUAAAUCAGUCCCUCCCACGGCUACACACUCCCUCCGGCUUUACAAAGAAUAUGUUCUUGCCCCCAAAAGCCACCCCGUCAACUUUUACGAAGAGGCUGUAGACUCAUGGCUAGCUGCCAUACAGCAGUCACCUGGCUCAGCCGACGACCGACAGAACGGAGAGGCGUGGACUGCAGCAAAGGCAGCAUACGCCAGAAUUGCAAAUGCAGUGCAAGCCGCGGAAAGAAGCAUUGCGCAAGAGGACAAAACGAAAACUUUCGACGAGUUUUCGGCUUUUAUCGCACACGAGCGCGAUUUGGAAAUGGCGCCAAUGCCUUUUCUGUGCUUGGUUGACCAUUACUUCCUGUCCGAAUAUUGCCGGGAGUUUGUAAAACAAGCCAUCCUUGACGCGAUAAAGAUAUUCGGCAGCAUAAUCGGGGUAGACGAAGAUUUGGCCAUGGCAUUCGCCCAGGCUUUAGCCUGGAUGGCCACGUACCAAGCAAUUCAAGCCUUUCUUGAACGAGGCUGGGUGUUCCCGCACGCGGAGCUUGAACAGACAAAGAAGAGAAUUCACCGUCUGCAGUUUAAACACGACCUAAGCUUGAAACACGAAAUGGAGCCCUACGACGAUUCGAGGGAGUGGUUGGCCAGGAAGGAUAUUCCUCACCAGGAAGAUCUCGAGCUCGAGGACAAACGCGAGGCCUGGAGAAUCCCAUUGGAGAAUCGCGUAGGGGAUGCUGAUGCACUUUUUUUGUCUCUGUCUAUCGGUUACGGUCUAAUCCACAGGGGGGCGGAUGUUGACGAGGAAGGAGAUUCCCAAGCAAUGGAAGUUGACUAG